GAGUAUUCUUUCUGGGCGCGCGUCGGGCGGGCAGCGCAGGCAGGCGGUCUUUCUUCCACGUCGACGUCCGCCUCAUCUCGCCACUCGUCUUUUCCUUCUUGCGCCGCAAGUGUUGACAGAGCAGUCCAGCACCGGCGCAUGUCCUCCAGGCCCGCGCAAGUCAACAUCAGGAUGAGUCCAAGCCCUGAUCGAGACGGGAGCGGUCUCAAGCAGCGCAACGGCAGCACCGCGCUGCAGGGGCACGAUGCGGCCGCAUACAUGCCUGGCAGCGGCGGCGGCGUCGAUGGCGACGAGGCCGCCAAGCGGGGCCUGCACGGGUCCGAGGCCAUCGAGGCUGCAAAGGGCGUCGACGGCCAAAAGACGCCGGAGCUGAGUCCGAGCGACGUGAGGGCCAUUGCGCUCCUUGUCGUUCUGUACUUUCUCCAGGGCAUCCCCGUCGGCCUGGCGUUUGGCACGAUGCCGUUCCUGCUCAAGGCGCGGCUCUCGUACAGCGACAUUGGCGUCUUUAUGCUCGCCACGUACCCCUACAGCCUCAAGCUGCUUUGGAGCCCCGUCGUCGACAGCUGCUUUGUCAAUGAGCUCCGCGUCCCCUUUCUCAACAUCAAGCUCAGCCUGGGACGGCGCAAGUCGUGGAUCGUGCCCAUUCAGGCCAUCGUCGGCGUCGUCCUCUGGAUCCUCGGCCAGAACGUAGACCGGCUGCUGCUCGUGGAGCGGCCAAACGUCUACCUGAUCACCGGCCUCUUCUUCUCCCUCGUCCUCUUUGCCGCCACGCAGGACAUUGCCGUCGACGGCUGGGCACUCACGCUCCUCUCGCAGGAGAACCUGAGCUACGCAAGCACGGCGCAGACCGUCGGCCUCAACACGGGCUACUUUAUGAGCUUCACCGUCUUCCUCGCAUUCAACUCCGUCGACUUCUGCAACAAGUACCUCCGCAGCACCCCGCUCGACUACCCUGUGCUCUCGCUCAACGCCUACCUCCAGCUCUCGGCCGUCGCCUUUCUCGCCGUUACUACCUGGCUCCUCUUCUUCAAGACCGAGGACGCCGAGGCGGACGACAAGCCCGAGAUGGACCUGCGCGGCGUGUACGACGUCAUGAUCCGCAUCUGCAAGCUCAAGCACGUCCAGGCAUUCAUCCUCGUCCAUCUCAUCGCCAAGAUUGGCUUCCAGGCCAACGAUGCCGUCACGGGCCUCAAGCUCGUCGAAAAGGGUUUUGGGAAGGAGGACCUGGCGCUGACGGUCCUCAUCGACUUUCCCUUCCAGCUCGUCCUCGGCUACCUGGCUGCGCGCUGGUCCAAGGGCGACAAUGCGCUCCGGCCCUGGCUCCUGGGCUACGUGGCCCGGCUCGGCUUUGCCGUCGCGAGCAUGGCCAUCGUCUGGGGUUUCCCUGCCCCACUCGUGCCCGGGGGCAAGCCCGAGCUCAGCACCGCCUACUUUCUCCUCAUCGUCUUCGUCACCGUCACGGGCAGCUUUGCGAGCACGGUGCAGUUUGUCGGCAUCAGUGCCUUCCACACCCAGAUUGCCGACCCGCUCAUCGGGGGCACAUACAUGACGCUUCUUAAUACUGUCUCCAACCUCGGCGGCACAUGGCCCCGGCCGCUGGUGCUCAAGGCCGUCGACCUGUUUACCGUCUCUUCGUGCGAGGUCACACCCUUUACCGGCAACCUGGCCCUGAAGCAGACGAGCGCGCUGGGCACGCUCGGCAGCGAGUGCACGUCCGACGAGGGAAGGACUGCCUGCAACAAGCUCACAUCCAAGUUUGGCGGCCGCUGCCACAUUGAGACGGACGGCUACUACCUGACGAGCACGCUCUGCGUUGCCGUCGGCGUCGUUGUCCUGCUUGCCUACAUCAUGCCCACGGCGCGCCGGCUCCAGGCGCUGCCCUCGGCCGCGUGGCGUGUGAGCCUGCAGCCGGGCAAGCACAGCCAUGCGAGCUAGUGAGCUCCUCUCAUCCUCCUCCAAAAGUAAUUAGUUGCCAACAAUAAGCAAUAGAAUCACUGCAUACACGGCC